AUGAUCCAGAACCGGUUAGGGAGCGAUGGCCCCCAGGCCGGAUCGCGCUGGAGGGAGGUGGCUGGGGCCUGGGUGCUCAAUCCGCCGGGCAACGAGCCCUCAGUGGUGGUGCACUUUGUGGGCGGUGCCUUUGUUGGCGCGGCCCCCCAGCUGGCAUACCGGCCCUUCCUGGAAGCCCUGGCGGCCCGUGGCGCCGUGGUCAUCGCCACCCCCUUCCACACCGGCUUUGACCACACACGCGUAGCGGAUGAGGUGCACUUCAUGUACCAGAGGGCGCUGAAGGCUUUGGGACCACGGGCCCAGCGCCUGCCCACUUAUGGCGUGGGGCACUCGCUGGGCUCCCUGCUGCAGCUGCUGCUGGCCUCGCGCUACGUCGUGCAGCCGGCCGGCAACAUCCUCAUGUCCUUCAACAACAAGCCAGUGACGGACGCCAUUCCCCUGUUCUCUGGCUACAUCGCGCCGGGAUCGCAGUUCAUUGGCCCCCUGCUGUCCCAGCUGGCGGCGUCGCCCCUCAGAAGCAGCCUGGAGGGCUUCCUGGCCUCCCUCAAGAGCCAGUCCCCUGAUGUGGUGCGGCAGCUGACCCCGGUGAUCGAGCAGCUCCUGCCCAUCUACACCGACAUCGCCAAGGGCACCCGGGAAUUUGUCCCCAGCCCGGCCGAGUGCAAGGACAUGAUCCGCGAAGGCAAGGGAGUUGAUGGGGAAAGGAUCUCAGUGGAUCCCUGGAGGGCCUUUGGCUAUGGCGUGGAGCGCAACCUCCUGAUUCGCUUCGCCAGCGACCCCAUCGACGACACGCCGCAGCUGGCCGCCACGCUGGAGAUGUCGAGCAUCGCGGACUUGCUGGACCUGCAGCAGGUCACCCUGCCCGGCACGCAUGUCAGGCCCCUCCAGCAGGAGUUUGGCCGGCUGACAUCAGAUGUCGGCAAGUAUGCGCAGGCGGCCCGCACGCAGAGCGAGGCGCUGAUCGACCAGCUGGCGCAGAUGGCGCGGGGGGCGGGCGUGCCCGCCGAGGCCACCGACGGGCUCAGCGGCUUCGCCCGCGCUGCCACGGGCUUUGCCGGCGCGUUCGGGGAGGCCAUGCUUUCCAGCACGACAGAGCUGGACAUCUCCAGCCUGGCCGACGAGUGCGGGGUCUUCAUGGGCAUCGUGGUACCCCCGCCGGCCACGGCUUUGGGGGUCAGCCCCGACGCGGGGCGUGCCGGUUUCACGCCCAGGACAUGA